AUGAGUGACUUCACUGGCAAAGCUUCAACGUUGACAUGGUCCUUCGACGUAUCCCCUUUCCUCGCCAGCCUCAGCGCGCGAGAGCCAUUAUCUUUCCAUGCUAGUACUCUCGGCGACUCUACCCUGCGACGUGCUGUCAAUGAGGUGCCUGACGAAAUCAUGCGGUACAAGGCCGGUAUUCAACAGCUGGAGGCUUUGACUACGAGGUUAUCUGCCCAACAACGGCAACUGACUCGUUAUCUUGAGGACUGCCAGUCCGCGCUCAAAUGCCACAUCCGCCAAUUGCCUGCAGAGCUGCUGGUUGACAUUCUGGAGCUUGCCGCGGGGCUGCUGGGGCCCGGAGAGUUUGGGAGAUCGGAUUUGGAUACAGAAAAAUCCGAGCUAGAGCGCCUAGGACAGAAAAGCCUCCUUCGGCUUGCCCAGGUCUCGUCGCAUUGGCGGUUGAUUGUGAUGGAAACUCCGCGGCUCUGGGCAAAUAUCCGCGUCGAUUGUGAUCUCUGGCCUGACAUUGACAAGUCUACGAAUGUCUUUCUUCCGCUCCUUGCAUCGACAUUGUCCAAAAGCGCCAAUCAUCCACUGACCAUCGCCUUUUUGGGCCCGGAUUCAGACGAUGAAAGCUCACAGUCAGUGAUGGUCCGUGCAUUGUCCUUGAUUGCUCACCACGCUUUUCGCUGGGAGGAUGUCUUCAUAAAGAUCGAUUCAUUAUCUCUACUCCUCGAGUUGCCGUUUGAAUCCCCGCCCGUGUUUCACCAACUUACGACUGUGGAAUUCAGCCUCUCUCUGCCAAAUGAUGAGAAGACAUUCGCCCUCCUCCAGCACAGUCCGCGGCUUUCGAACGUCACUUUCACGGGAGAUGUUCCAGAUGUGAUCCUUCCCUGGGAGCAUAUCCGUGCUUUCGCGAUGUUUUACCGCUAUGAUUCUGACUGGCGGGCUUUAAAAUCUCUUACAAACGCAACAAUGGCUUCACUCCGGGAACUUGGCCCUGACAGCUCCUUCUACAUCGAUAUGUGCCUUGCACAGCUAGCAACUGGCACGGACCCGGACCUCCCAGUUGCUUGCUCACCUCGAAGCCCGCAGACUCCGGUCCUCUCCAAUAUAACGUCAUUAACGCUCAGCAUCUGCCAAGAACAAUCGGACAAUGUCGAACUCAGCGAUUGGUUCAACGCGUUCACUUGUACUGCCAUGUGGAAAUUCCGGCUCGUUCCGCAGCAGGAUCCUGACCCGCACCAGUUUCCGGUAUGGGCCCCAGCGGCCUUCGCCUCCUUUGCCGUACGGUCAAGAUUUGAGGAUACACUCACGAGCCUGGCAAUCAUCGCCGUGGUGACGACUGCGGAACUGCUCUCAGCCCUCGAGCUGCUUCCGAAGCUGGAGCAACUCCUCGUGUCUGACCUCCCGGCGCAAACGGGCCUCCCGGCGGUCAUCACGAACGCGCUUUUACUAGCACUGGCUCAGAGGGACGCUGUCCUUAUACCUGAGCUUCGUUCCAUUACCCUGUCCAGCUGGUUGGACUUCGCCGACGACACUCUGGUAGAAUUCAUCAAGGAACGCGGGGCAGAUAUAUUUCGCCGCCCUCCGCCGCCCACCAGCCGCCCACCGCCGCGUCACUUAGCCCCAUCGCCGCCCACCUCUGUCACGCUGCCGCGGCAGUCACACCAGUGGGUGGGCGGCGGGUUGGGCGGCGAAGUACAUGAUCUGACGUAA